GGUUAGCGUGUGUAGUUUCUGCUAGCUGCCUUGCUUCAUUUUUUUGCCCUCCUCACAAAACUAACCAUGUCUCUGGAGAUUGAAUCGGCAGACGUGAUCCGACUCAUCAUGCAGUACCUGAAGGAGAACAACCUGCACAGGUCGCUGGCCAUCCUGCAGGACGAGACCACCGUGUCGCUGAACACGGUGGACAGCAUCGAGAGCUUCGUGGCCGACAUCAACAGCGGCCACUGGGACACUGUCCUCCAGGCCAUCCAGUCCCUCAAGCUGCCCGACAAGACCCUCGUGGACCUUUACGAGCAGGUUGUGCUGGAGCUUAUCGAGCUGAGAGAGUUGGGCGCGGCGCGUUCCCUCCUCAGGCAAACGGACCCGAUGAUCAUGUUGAAGCAGACGCAGCCGGAGAGGUACAUCCACCUGGAGAAUCUGCUGGCCCGCUCCUACUUCGAUCCCCGCGAGGCGUACCCGGACGGCAGCAGCAAGGAGAAGCGUCGGGCGGCCAUCGCUCAUGCCUUGGCGGGAGAGGUCAGCGUGGUGCCGCCGUCCCGUCUGAUGGCUCUGCUGGGCCAGUCGCUCAAGUGGCAGCAGCAUCAGGGUCUCCUCCCCCCCGGGAUGACCAUCGACUUGUUCAGGGGCAAAGCGGCCGUCAAAGAUGUCGAGGAGGAGCGUUUCCCCACGCAGCUCAGCAGGCACAUCAAGUUUGGCCAAAAAUCCCACGUGGAAUGUUCCAGGUUCUCCCCUGACGGCCAGUACUUGGUGACUGGCUCUGUGGACGGCUUCAUCGAGGUGUGGAACUUCACCACAGGCAAAAUCAGAAAGGAUCUCAAGUAUCAGGCUCAGGAUAACAUGAUGAUGAUGGACGACGCCGUGCUGUGCAUGAGCUUCAGUCGAGACACCGAGAUGUUGGCCACUGGCGCCCAAGAUGGAAAGAUUAAGGUGUGGAAGAUCCAGAGCGGUCAGUGUUUGAGGAGGUUUGAGCGCGCGCACAGCAAGGGAGUCACCUGCCUCAGUUUUUGCAAAGACAGCGGCCAGAUCCUCAGCGCCUCCUUUGACCAGACCAUCAGGAUCCACGGGCUGAAGUCAGGCAAGUCCCUCAAGGAGUUCCGCGGCCAUGCGUCGUUUGUCAAUGAGGCCACGUUCACCCCCGACGGCCACCACAUCGUCAGCGCUUCCUCCGAUGGCACCGUCAAGGUUUGGAACGUUAAGACCACCGAGUGCAGCAGCACUUUCAAGCCGCUGGGCUCGUCGGCCGGCACCGACAUCACCGUCAAUAACGUCCACCUGCUGCCCAAGAACCCAGAACACUUUGUGGUGUGCAACCGCUCCAACACCGUGGUCAUCAUGAACAUGCAGGGACAGAUCGUGAGGAGCUUCAGUUCGGGUAAAAGGGAAGGAGGCGACUUCGUGUGCUGCACGCUGUCGCCGCGCGGCGAGUGGAUCUACUGCGUGGGCGAAGACUUUGUGCUCUACUGCUUCAGCACCGUCACGGGCAAGCUGGAGAGAACGCUGACGGUCCACGAGAAGGAUGUGAUCGGCAUCGCCCACCACCCCCACCAGAACCUCAUCGCCACCUACGCUGAGGACGGCCUCCUGAAGCUCUGGAAGCCCUGAGCUAUCCCGGACGUGGACUCGUGGGGCCCAUUUGUUUGUGUGUGGCAGGACGUGAAGACCGCCGCCGCCACGGUGACGUCGCAGUCCCCCUG